AUGUAUUUAUUUUAAAGUUUGUCGGUACAGUUGGCAAUGAUGCUUGAGAUUUGACACAUUUGAUACUUGACAGACGAAAAACAAAUACGAUACAAAUCUAAGAGAGUACUAAUAUGAAACCUGCUAUUGUUGCUGAUGAAAUGUUUCCUGAAGGUGCUGGUCCGUACAUGGAUUUAGAAGAGGCAGGGGGUUCUAGUGGCCUGCUGAUGGAUCUAGCUGCUAACGAAAAAGCAGUUCAUGCGGAUUUUUUUAAUGAUUUUGAAGACCUCUAUGAUGAUGAAGAUUUGAAUUGAAUUUGUAUUUUUCAUAAAACUAGUUGUGAGUGAUUUCCCACUCGUUUUACAGAAUUUUAUUAUUAAAAAAUGUAAAAUGAAUUAAAAUCUUUUUAUUUUUACAAA